AUGAGCAAAAAUUUUUUGAUAUCCGUGGACGACGAACUGAUUGAAAUUUACUUAAAUGGGAAGAACGUUUCUGUCUCGUUGAACUUUCCAUUUGCGAGUGUUUGGACGGUCGCCGAUACGUACAACCUGACAGAGGAGGUCUACGUGAUCGCUGUUAUGUCUCACAACAAUAAUGGAAUUGGAGGUUUGAGAGCAAAAUUUUCAGAUGAUUACAUACUCACAAACGACACUUGGAAAUGUACCAAUAAAUUUUACGUCGGUUGGUACAAACUAAACUAUAACGAUUCAUUUUGGGAUGGAGGUAUGGUUGGCCAAAAGCAAUCAGCAAACCCUGGAUAUCCACCAAACAUGGGAAAAUCCCAAUGGAUUAUUGACUCUACUGACUGCAGCUGCAGAGUCAAUUUUUAUUGCAGAAAGGUCUCAGUCGAUCAUGCAAACAGAUACAGAUACAGAAAUUCUAAUAAAAGCACAAACAUCAAACCUAGACCUUUCAACAGCAAAGAUGAACGUAAAAUUAGCAGGAUCUACGAUGUAAGUUCAAUUCUUGAUAACAACAUUGGUGCUAACAACGUCAUGACGGACCAGGCAGCAGCCGAUGAUAAAGCAGAGUUAGUUUGCGGUACUGUUGAUGAAAUUUCAAUAAUUGGGUAG